CCUCUCUCUUUCUCUCACUCACUCUUGUUCCUCCUCUUCACCUGUAAUCUCUUCUCCAAAAUCAGAAAAUGACUUCUUCAGUACUAACCUCAAGCUCCAAGCUUUUAGCUAUGGCGAAUUCUUCCUCUUCGACCGUUUUCUGUAUUCCUUCUAUCUUCACCAUCUCUUCCUCCAAACCUCACCGCUCCAAUUUUACCUUCUCUUCACGACCCAUUAAUCUCCCACUCCCUCUCAAAUCCAAAACUCUCAAUACCUUAUCUCCUGUUGUUGCUUUUGUUUCCCAAACUUCGGAUUUGGGAGAGGAAGAAGAAGGUGAGGAUGGAAGCAUCGGAGGUACUUCCGUCACUGUAGAUGAAAGUUUCGGGCCUGAAGACGGUGGUGGAUUUCAGGAGCCACCGGAAGAGGCUAAAUUGUUCGUCGGAAACUUGCCUUAUGAUAUUGAUAGCCAAGCUUUGGCUAUGCUCUUUGAACAAGCUGGUACUGUUGAGAUUUCAGAGGUUAUAUACAAUAGGGACACUGAUCAAAGUCGUGGAUUUGGGUUUGUAACAAUGAGUACAGUUGAAGAAGCAGAGAAAGCUGUUGAGAAGUUCAAUCGUUAUGAAGUGAAUGGGAGGCUUUUGACAGUAAACAUAGCAGCUCCUCGAGGAUCAAGACCGGAACGACAACCUCGUGUAUAUGAUGCUGCGUUUAGGAUCUAUGUUGGGAAUCUACCGUGGGAUGUGGAUAAUGGUCGUUUAGAAGAAGUGUUUAGCGUACACGGAAAAGUAGUUGAUGCUCGAGUGGUUUGCGACAGGGAGACAGGUCGUUCGCGUGGGUUCGGGUUUGUUACAAUGUCUAACGAGGCUGAAGUUAGUGAGGCCAUUGCUGCUCUUGAUGGACAGAAUUUGGAAGGCAGAGCAAUUAAAGUGAAUGUGGCUGAGGAACGAACAAGGCGUGGAUUUUGAAAGUUCAGUGAGUCCUAAUAUUGUGAUAUAUGAUUGUAAAUGUUCUCACUUGCAAUCCGAUGUAGCUAUUAUGCGAAAUCAACCUAAGAGUUCAAGCUUUUGUAAACAUAUUUUCUUUAUUACCCAUCAAAACAUUUUACAAGACA